AUGUUUCAACCACCAACUCUCGAUGAAUGCCAACAAGCUCUCGAAUUUACUUCCCUCUCCGAUCAUGAAAAAACAUGUAAAUGUUAUCAAUCACAAUAUUUUGAUCAAUUGACAGAACAAUUGUGGGGAAAUUGGUUGAAUCAACACAAGGAAAGUGGGCAAACUUUUAGAAAUUUCAUGGAUAAACAUCAGGAUGAUGAUUUAUAUUGUAAACAGGAGGAAAGACGAGUGGUUUAUAUUUACCUGUUGGAUAAUGUAUUGAUGGAUGGACAGGUUGACACAACAGCUCAGGAAAUUCAAUUCAAAGACAGAAUUGGAAAUCAUCCAUGUUUGAAAAAGGUGAUUGAGUUUCUGAGAGCUUUUUAUUGGGGAGUUACUGUGAAAGCCAUGCAACCAUCCGAGAAGCAACUUUCUGAUUAUAGAAAUCAAUUCAAAUUUACGAAUAGAAUAACUUCGUUUGGGAAGAAACAGUUUCUAACAAGUGAUAUUAUCAAUUUUCUAAAACAAGUGAAACCUAAAGACUGUUAUUGCAUGUUGGCAUUAACAAGUUUUGAUUUGUAUCCAAAGGAAGAUUGGAAUUAUGUCUUUGGAAUUGCAAAUAUGACCCAUCAAGUUGGAGUUAUUUCUCAUUCGAGAUUUGAUCCAAACUUUAUGAACAAGUUUUAUCCGAUUCUUUCAGAAAAGGAGAAGGAAGAAUUGAUUUUGAAGAGAAGUUGCAAAUUGGCUGCCCAUGAGAUUGGCCAUUUGUUCAAGUUCAAGCAUUGCAUUUAUUAUGAUUGUCUAAUGAAUGGAUACAAUAGCUUAGAGGAGGUGGAUGGGACUUUUAUUGAUAUAUGUCCGAUAGAGAUUAGAAAGUUGAAAGAGUCAAUUGGAUUUGAUGAGCAGGAGAGAUUUGGAAAGAUGAGAGAAUUUUUCAAAGGCAAUGAGGAGUGUUUUGGGAAAGAAUUGGAGUUUGUGGAAAAGAUAUUGAGUAAACCUUAA